GCAAAGGACAGCAUGUACCAGGCCUUGGGCUACAGCACCAUUGUGGUGUUGCAGGCCAUUAUGACCUUAGAGCAUCAGGACAUCCAGAAUGGCAUUUCUGCCAUGAAGGACGCUUUACAAACCUGCCAAAGGACCUUCUAUUGUGAUCCCUUAGCACGGGUGAAUUUUAAAACUGGUAAAAUUAGAUGCUCGUGUAAUAAUGUUAUGCUGUCCCUUUUACCAGCAAGGAUGAUCAGACUACUAGAGUUUAUUGGAUUUUCUGGAAACAGGGAGUUGGGACUCAUGCAGUUACGAGAAGGUGCAUCAGGAAGAAGCAUGAGAGCUCCAUUAUGCUGCUUAACUAUACUAGCUUUUUAUACUUAUAUCUGUCUAAUACUUGGUACAGGAGAAGUGAAUAUUGUGGAAGCAGAGAGUCUCCUUGCACCCUUCCUCCAGCAGUUGCCAAAUGGGCCACUCAUGCUGCUUUAUCAUGCCCGAAUAAAGCUGCUGAAGGGGAAUGCUGAAGAGGCACAAGAAAUAUUCCAAAAAUGCAUUUCAGUUCAAGAACAGUGGAAACAAUUUAACCAUCUUGGUUACUGGGAGCUGAUAUGGCUUUAUAUAGUCCAACAAAACUGGAUACAGGCAUAUUACUAUUCAGAUCUGCUUUGCAAAGAAAGUAGGUGGUGGAAGGCAACAUAUGUAUUCCUGAAAGCUGCAAUUUAGAGUAAGCUUCCAGAGGAAGAUGUUGUAACAACUAAAGAGAAUGUGGUAACUUUAUUCACACAGGUGAAAAGUUUGAAGCAGAGAAUAGCUGGUAAAUCUAUCCCUACCGAGAAGUUUGCUGUGAGGAAAGCCCGACGGUACUCUCCUUCGUUGCCU